AUGCCGCCCCCAUCCGAACUGUGCAAUGUGUCAAUGCAGGAGUCCAGCACCUCAGUGACUGUGCCCCUUCCUGUUUUUGUCAUUCUCGGCACGCUUUCAGUUUCCUGGAUUGCGAGCAAGUGGACUCGUGCCUCAUGCUCAUUUGAGGCGUUGAACGAGCGUCUUCAGUUCACCGAGAACCUCAUCAAUGAAAACAGCAGUUACCAUAUGGAUCUCCUUUCAGAAGCAGGGCCAGCCUUUAAGUCUGUUCUACAAGAAAUAUAUUUAAAAAUCGAGAACAUCAAGACCAACCAGUACUACGAACCGGCGGGAAUCUCCAAUAUUCCUGCUCGAAUUCUGUUUCGGUAUCGUCAGGCCCGAGGAAUGCGUAGUUGCCAUUCACGGCUAUGUCAGCUUGAACAUGAGAUCAAGGCCUAUGCUCAGGUUACGAGGGAGGCAAGGGCUGUAGCUUCUCAUCAACCCAUGCCGUUCCAACCCAGGGUCCAGAAUUAUUGA